CUAUAUAUUUUUACAAUUUAUAUAAUUUGUAGGUUGUAUUUGUAAUAAAAAAGAUAACAUAUAAAAGAUAAAUAUUUAUAAGCAAUUAUAUGUAUACUUGUAUACGUCACAAAUUGUAUGUCACAAAUCGCAUGUAAAGUUUCUAAUUAAUUAUUCAAUAUUAACUAACAUGCAAGUAAAAUUUAAUGCAUGAAAUAAUAAUAAUGAAAUAUAACAUAAUAUGAAAUUCCAUUUAAAUUUAGUCAUAAUUAUUAUCGUGGAAACACAUAGUCAUGAAAUUAUUUCAUCCUUCCAAUAUUUACGAAGAAUCUUGGUUAUUACUGAGUUUAAUAAAACUUUUAGGUUUAUAUCCUAUAAAAUUUUCCAAAACUUCAUGUACAAAUUACAUUUAUAUAUUCAUAUUAAUAGUAUCCUAUGCGAGUCUUCGUCUUUAUUUACAAUUUUAUUAUAUGGUUGAUAUAAUGCAAAAACUUUUUCUUAUAAAUAAUACGUUUAUACUUAGAAAAUUUCGAUUUGUCCUAAACUUAUUUUUAUUUUCUUUGAUAAUAAUUUCAAGUAUGCGUCAGAGUUUAAAAAUAAAAAGAGCAUUCGAAUAUAUAAAUAGCAUUGAUAAAAACUUAAAAUUCUUAAAUAUAGAGAUUGAUCAUACAUUAUGUAUGAAAAAUGAUAUUGUUAGAAUUAUUAGUGUGAUAUUUAUAGUAAUAACAUGUAAUUUACUGGAUUAUUAUGGAUUAUUAGACAACAAUGCAAAUUUUUUAUAUGUCUUAAUGUGGAUAUUUGAUCGAAUACCCGAUUUUGUUAAUGUUAUUAUAAUAUGUAGUUUUUCCAUUUUUAUGAAUAAAAUCAAAAUUAGAUUUAUACAGAUAAAUACAAUGCUAAAUAUUAUUACAAAAGGAAAAACUUUCAUUUCCAUCUCCAAGACAUCUAAUAUAAAUAAUACUUCUAGAUACAACUUAUUAAAAUAUAUACAAUUCGAAUUAUGCAGAACGAUAUCACUUUUAAAUGAAUCAUAUAACUUUAGAUUUAAUGUUUUAUCAAUAAUAUAUAUUGCAUAUAUUUGUUUAGAUAUGUGUAUUAUAUAUAUACAUAUUAAUGAUCGACUUUAUACGGUUGAUGUAAUACUUAGUUUUGUAUGGAGUAUCAUUAAUUUAAUUAAGGUUAUUUACUUAAUAUAUUCAUAUCACAAUUUAACUCUAAAGUAUAGUUAUGCAGAAUCAAAUAAGGAUAUUCCUUGAAUUUACUUAUCAAAUAUUCGAACUUAUCAUUUUAUUUAUAAGUGUAGUGAUCUUGUAAUUUUUUUAAAUAUUGUGCUUAUAUAAAUACCAACUGAUCAGCAAUAAAAUUACAAAAAAUAAUAUUUUAUGUAAAAUAAAUGUAAAUAAUUUAUUAAUUAUUGAUUAUUUACAUUUUGUUCUCUUUUACUAAUUUUAUUACAAUAAUAAAAUUAUAUGCUAAAAUAAAAUAGAUUUAUAUUUCUACUUAAAUUUACCUUUUACAAUGCUCUAAUUUUUUAUUAUGACGUGUCUCGUCAGCGUGCAUUAAGCGCAUGCGCAAUGCCACCUUACGUGGCAUCGGCAGCAGUCACUAUUGCAGCGAAAUACAUUUUCUUCAUUUAGUGUAAACAUUUGUGGAAAUAUUAACUUUUGUUAUGGUUCAAAUGCGUUUAAUGACACAACG